AUGUCGGACCGCACGGACCUCAAGGCCUGGCAGAAGUCCGUGCAGCAGCCCCUGCGCCUGCUCCAGCGGCCGCGCUACGUCAAGACCUACCUGCCCGAGUUCGUGACGCGGUCGUCGAAGGACGCGUUCGUCAAGAACCACCAGCUGCCGCCCUACGAGAAGCCGGACUGGAAGAGCGACAAGUUCACCAUGGACGAGCGCUGGGCCCUGUACAACGACCAGUCCAACGACGCGGCCUUGAUCGCCGAGGUCAACGAGAAGCUCAAGGACCUCGAGCCGCUCAUCUGCUGCGAGGACUGCUGCACCGAGGGCGGCCUGAGCCUCGACGACAUCGACCUCUGGAGCCGCCUGCGCAGCCUCACCAUCGUCAAGGGCCUGGUCUUCCCGCCCAAGGUCCGCGCCUACAUGGACAACCUCGCCGAGAAGGGCGAUUGUCCGCUCUACGACGCCAUCGCCAUCUGA